AUGACACUAUCUGUGAAUGGACAUAUGUUUCUCAUACAGUACCAUGUCCUCUACAAGGAACCCAGGGAGCCGGCCAACGUGAUCUACCCAUUUGGCUUCAAGGUUUCCUCGGGAGAUAUAAUCUCUCGCAUUUUGGGAACUGGAACAGGAAAGGCUGUGCACAGGAAUAAUGAGGUGCAAGUGCCAUCUCUGCAAACAAUUGUGCAGGAUGAGGACAAUCACAUUGCUGAAGUGGCAGGACAGAACUUAGAUCCUACUAACACAAGCAUGGUUCAAAGUGAUUCGACCAACUCCAAGUUGUCAACAUCCGAUAUGGGACAUCUCACCGCUAAUAAAGCAACAGACUCAUCUGAGUCCAAGAAUGUCAACAUUCUGCCAGGCCACAUUUUCAAGUUGGCAGGCUAUGCGGAUGAUAAGAUGCACACAUACUCCAUUAACAAACUGCCCUCCAAAGGCCUGCAGUGGGGAACUCGGACCAAGUUUCACAACAAGAGCCAUAUUCUCUGUGAAGGGAACGGCAAUAAUCCAUCAACAAUCUGGAUUGCAGGUCAAAUCUCAGGCUUAUGGUUUUUUGAUAAGAAUGGCACACCUUCUGAGCAUGUUGCAAUUACUGUGGUGCCAUUUUCUGUGGAUGCCACCGGAAUUGCUCGCAAGAUGCUGUCCUUGAAAUCAACACCCACCUUAGAAAUAGCAGAAUCAGACUGGAGCGCUGUGCAGCCUUUCACAGAAGUAUUUGACGCUUGUGACACUUUUACGAGCAAGCACAAGAUGACCACUUAUCCCAUAUCUGAUCUCAACCUGAAGGACAUUGUUUUGAUUGAAGCUUGGGUCACACACUACAGGAAGAAGGAUCGAACAUCAUCAAUGGGCUCACCCGACGCCUACAAAUGGGUGAAUUGGGUGGCUAGUUUUGAACUGCAGAGUGUCUCUCUACUUCACAGGCCUGACAGCACAGAAGGUGAAGGAAAUUCAAUUGACACUGUCAUUGAGAUUUGA